UAUAACGUUUAGCAGACGUAGAAUCUCCACAGCAGUAUGCAGAAUGGAUUAACGGGCAGAUUCUCGAGGCUUUCCAGUCACACUCUCGGCUCACGGGAGCUAGUAGGAGAAGAUGACCCUUUUCUCUUCGCUUGAGGAGGCUGUGCUGCUGUGUGGGGGAGUGGGUUACAUCCUGUGGCGUUUCCUGUGUUUGUAAACUAGACGGUCUUGAAAACGUCGGGCGAGUGAAGCUAAAAGUUUUAAUACUAGAUGAGUGAGGUGGGUGUGGCUUCCCACCAGCCCGACCAUCCUGACUGACGGAUCUCUGGAUGACCUUGUCCCCACCCCUGUCCCUGCGCUCACAUACACCACAGCAAUGUCACAUCUGCCCAGCAGCUCAGUCCGCGACCAUAUGAAAUGGGCGGGGCUGCUUGGCUGCGAAGCUGUCCUCUCCAGUAUGGCCCUGAUGCAGGCCAGCUCCAUGGCUGCUCCACCCAAAAAAAUGAUGGCUCCACUUGGCCAUGGACCACCACAGCGAGAGGGACCUGACCGUGGUCCCCAGAGCCACAUGAUCCUCCCAUCUGGAAUGAGCUGUCCACCCCUGCUUAUCCGGAAGGAAGGUGAAUUCCAAGCUCCCCGCCUGCUGGACGAGAAGGAGAUGAGGGCCAACGAGGACAUGCAGCAGAAAAAAAAGAACAGGAAAUCAGUAACGCCCUGUAAAGUGAGAGAACAAGAGGGAAGGGGUGGGAAGGGCACAGGAGAUGAGAAUGGUCCAUCAUCCAAAGUGCAGAAAAACUUUAUUUGUGAUCACUGUUACGGAGCAUUUAGGAGUGGGUACCACCUGAAGAGACAUAUCCUCAUUCAUACAGGGGAGAAGCCGUAUGCUUGUGCCGUUUGUGACAUGAGGUUUAUUCAGCGUUACCACCUGGAGAGACACAGCCUCAUUCACACGGGGGUGAAGCCGUACGCUUGUUCCAUGUGUGACAUGAGGUUUUUCCAGCGUUACCACCUGGAGAGACACAGACUCACUCAUACGGGGGUGAAGCCGUACGCUUGCUCCAUGUGUGACAUGAGGUUCUUCCAACGUUACCAUCUGGCAAGACACAGCCUCACUCAUACUGGGGUGAAGCCAUACGCUUGCUCCAUGUGUGACAUGAGAUUUUUCCAACGCUACCACUUGGCAAGACACAGCCUCACUCACACGGGGGUGAAGCCAUAUGCUUGCUCCAUGUGUGACAUGAGAUUUUUCCAGAGAUACCACCUGGCAAGACACACUCUCACCCAUACGGGGGUGAAGCCAUACGCUUGCUCCAUGUGUGACAUGAGGUUCUUCCAGCGUUACCAUUUGGCAAGACACAGCCUCACGCAUACUGGGGUGAAGCCGUAUGCUUGUACCAUGUGUGACAUGAGGUUUAUACAACGUUACCAGCUGGAGAGACACAGCCUUACUCAUACGGGGGUGAAGCCGUACGCUUGCACCAUGUGUGACAAGAGGUUUUUUCAGCGCUACCACCUGGCGAGACACAGCCUCACUCAUAUGGGUGUGAAACCUUAUGCUUGCACCAUGUGUGACAUGAAGUUUUUUCAGCGUUACCACCUGGCGAGACACAGCCUCACUCAUACGGGUGUGAAACCUUAUGCUUGCACCAUGUGUGACAAGAGGUUUUUUCAGCGCUACCACCUGGCGAGACACAGCCUCACUCAUAUGGGUGUGAAACCUUUUGCUUGUACCAUGUGUGACAUGAGGUUUGUUCAGCGUUACCACCUGGCGAGACACAGCCUCACUCAUACGGGUGUGAAACCUUAUGCUUGCACCAUGUGUGACAAGAGGUUUUUUCAGCGCUACCACCUGGCGAGACACAGCCUCACUCAUAUGGGUGUGAAACCUUUUGCUUGUACCAUGUGUGACAUGAGGUUUGUUCAGCGUUACCACCUGGCGAGACACAGCCUCACUCAUACGGGGGUGAAGCCGUAUGCUUGUUCCAUGUGUGACAUGAGGUUUAUUCAGCGUAACCACCUGGAGAGACACAGCCUCACUCAUACGGGAGAGAAGCCAUUUGCUUGUGACAUGUGUGAUAUGAGGUUUAUCCAGCGCUACCACCUCGAGAGACACAAGCGUGUCCAUAGUGGGGAGAAGCCUUACCAGUGUGAACGGUGCCAGCAGAACUUUUCACGGACAGACCGGCUGUUGCGGCACCGGCGGUUGUGCCAGGGUCGCAGUGUAGCCAAAGUAGAGAACCAGCCAUGCUGCGAACCACGCCCGUACCCCCAAGAACCCCCACCGGCACCCCCGACCUGGAGCCCCCUGCAUCCUCCUCCGGGCCGGCUGGCGGUCUGACAUUCCACCUCCCCUAUAUCCACAACACCGCCAGAGACGGGACAAGCCACAGGGUUUCUUCUUCUCAGCUCUGUGCUGAGUGACGCCACACUCUAGCACAGACUGGUCUUGCAGCUCCAGUUUUGGGAUUACUAAUGACAGAGGGACAUUUGUGUUUUUGUUCUGUUGACUUUUUACUGUGUUUCCUUUUCUCCCCCCAUUUUUUUAAAAGAUGAGACUUUUCUGUGAUGAACAGUGGUCCUGUUUUGUACUUAAUCUAUUUGAUUUUUGCAAAAAAAAAAACAAAAAAAAGUUUUUAUUGUUCAAAUAUAUCUGCAUUUGGUGGUACUCGGGAAGGGCAGUGGGUAUUGUUUAUCCUGAUGUGUCAGCAACAAAAUGGGAUGAAGUGGUGGGGAAACAUUUGAGCCUCUUUCUAAUUUUGUGGCCCAUUUUGAUUCGUAAGGAUUGUCAAUUAGUUCAAAUUUAUUAAAACUUUCCUUCCAGGUAAAGCAAGGAAACCACUCUGUUGGCAUCUCAUGUAGACCAGAUGUUGCUUGGUAAUGCAGCUAACAUAGUGUUAAACAUUAAGACAUUUCACUGAGAGCAGCAUCUGGUCUAGACAUGAUUCAAACAAUAGGAGUUCCCUCACUUUAUCAUCUUUGGAGGUACAGUUUUGAUCAUUAUUUUGUGUAAAUAAUUGAAAAUGUUUAUUAUUUCACUAUGGAACUUUUUUUUCUUUUCUAAUGCACAAAAUGGGCCAAGAAGAAACUGAAAAUUAGAAACCGGUUCAAACAUGGUCUGUUGCUGCAGUUUCAGUGAAAUCAUGAGGUAACCUGAGUAACUUUGUGAGUGUGUCUGUUUAAAAAAAAAAAGUAAUAUCAAACAGUGCUUCAUAACUGUAAGCCAGGACUUCUGAGAAGUGGAUGAUGAGAGGGCAACCUGCAGUUGACUGGCACUGUGUCCGACAUUGAGAAUUGAGUCACAGGAGUAUCACCUGUGUAUCUCGCGUUCUGUGUUGUGUGUAACAUGCUGGUGACUCAGGAAAUGGCACAGGAUGGCAGCCUUAGCAAGUCGUCCUCCCACACUCAGCGAGAGUCAUGCUAUAGUACGCUCAGCUGUACAUAUAUACUGUAUAUAUAUACAGAGAUCUCCAGUACUCGGCAGAAAAGCGUCUCUCCUUGCUCUGUCCACACAUCCUGGUCUAAAAUAGUGCAGGUUGGCCACUUGAAGUCCCAUUAUGUUGUUUGUACCGAUUCUCACAGAAUCUUGUGAGAUUAGCGGGGGUAUACAAAAUCUUGUGGCCUUAGUGUUUCUUUUUUUCUUUUUUUUUUUUAAAUUUGCCUUUUUCUCAACUGUUUAUUAUGGUGGAUCAGAUGUAUUUACUAAGACGAGACAGCCUGUCAUCAUCAUGGUGUGCUUUUUCUGUUUUGUUUUUUAUCCUAAAGCUGUCAUGGUAACAGAACGUUGAUGGCUUCAGUGGCGCUAAAACAGACUAAUGUGUUCUCCUGUCAAGAGAGAGGUUGUCUUUUGAUGAUAAUGAAUAUUUUGGAUCAUUGUUACUGAUUACAGUGUAACGCACUCUGUAAUCCUUGAGGAGCCCCUGGGAGUUCGACAGUCCUUGUGAGAAGUCAGUAGUGCUCAAUCGUUUCCCACUGCAGUGCUUUGACCCGCAGGCCAUAGCAGAAUCGACACUUGCUUGACUCUACUACACACUAACAAUUGCCUUUUUAUCCAAAUAUUAUGUGGUUGGUGUGUAAUAAUGGAUGUCUGUCAUGUCAUUGGGUUUAGCCUUAAGUAAGUGCGGAUACACAAAUAAUCAUUGUAGUACUAAAUGAUAUUGUAACGAACGAUUUCUUUUACCUAUGAUCGUACUGUGCGAAAGUCUUUGUCGGUCAGACGGCAAAGAGCUGCUCGAUCAGGGCCACUUUGCUGCCUGGUGGAAAAAUUUCUCAAACUUGCUCCUUUCUUUGACUGGAGAGCUCGUGAUUGCGUCGUCCUAACUGUUAUGUUUAACCUAGAAAUGUCCGUGCUGGUUGGGAGGCUGAAUAUACAUGUACAUAUCAAGACAUUACAACUGUUCUUUGAUGCCACAGCAAGUAACAGAUGGCUGAAAACAUCAAAGGUGAUUUCAGGGGACGACCGUCUCAUUUGGAUCGCACUGAGUGGAGAACGUCUUUUUAUUUUAUUAUUUUUUAUUUAAAGGUCCAGAUAAGCUUGAGACUUGAUGUGGAAAUGGAGUCCCAGAGUGCAUGAUCUGGUCUCUGGUUUAUCGGAACAACAGUUUGUGUUUGAUACAAAUAAGUGGCCGAUUACUGAGUUAUGUGAUAUUUUACCAAAAGUAUUAUUGGGAAGAUUUCUUUUUAAAUGGUCCAUUGAUAUCGAGGCAAAGUUGUGUUACGGUUCAAGUGUGUACAGUCAUGGGAUUCAGUUUUAUGUGACUUGAUGAGAUAAAGUAGAUCCCAGUGGCAGCGAAGGGGCCAAGUUUGAGAAAUGCAUUCAUUUGCUAUGGAAACACUAUUCCAAAUCUGUGGAAGGGAUACUGCUGGCACGAACACAUAGUGAAAUGGCUAAAGGGCAAUACAGUAUAUAGUUGACGUCACUUGUUAAUACCUUUUUGUCAUUUAUUGUUUUUAGUAUUAUCAGUCUCAUUGUUAAAAUGCAAUAGAAUCCUUGAGUCUCAGAUCAUUUGUUUAUAAGAUUGAGGUUUAAUUUUUUCAGACAGAUCCAAGGAUUUAUUUGUCUGAGAAUUUCUCAUCACAUUUUGAUGAUUGUUUCAAGGACCUUUUUUUAUUCUGAUGAAAUUGUAAACACUGGAGAGAAAGGAAAAAAAGACGAAAAAAGAGAUGGAUAUUUUUUUUUCCCUUCAGACUGUACUAGACUUUAGGUUUUAGACAAAGCCUAUUUCUCCUCAACUUGACACAUAAGGUGGACAGAACAAUUUGGAUCAGUACAGUUGAGAGCCCAGUAUGUUCGGUAAUUUUGACAUUAGAGGCAGUAGUACCACAAGAAAAUGUUUUCUUUCUUAUACGAAGUCCCUGGUAUUUGUAGUAAAUUAUAUUGAUAAUGGUAUUAGAUGAACAACAGCAACAGUAGCUAUCACAGAUUAGUUGUUUUCUUUAUUAGUCUUGCAUGCAGAGUUAUGGUCCUCAGUUAAGAUAGGAUCUUGAUAUUGAUUAUUUUGUGUAGGAAAAUGAGUGCAUAAGAAUAACUUCCUAAAAAAUGUUACAAUGAUUAUUGUAAAAUGGGCUAACUAAUAUGUACCCUUGUGAUCCAAUUAGUUUGAAGUAUAUGAAAAUCAGAGGAGAGGCUUCUUACUAUUAUGCUGAAAUAAAAGAAUUUGUAAAGGAGUUUUGUUUGCUCACGGGCUGUCGA